GGAGUGACCAGAAUAAAAACAGCAACACCAGACAUAGACGAGGAAAUAAAGCAAAGUGAUCCACUGAACCAGAGUGUUUGCCCUCUCAUAAUUACGUUGAGCUUUUCCCUUUUUUCACCCUCCCCCUGCUUCUUUUUUUUCAUCACUCUUUGAGACUUCGGGGCUAGUGGUAAUUAGCCAGAAGAGAAUAAAACCAGCUGAUCGGGAGAGGGGUGGUGCAUUUUGGAGCGAGAUGGCUAACAGAAACAUUCUGUUGCUCUUCUGUGGACUCUUCCUCUUAGCACUGAUUCAACCCUCUCUUCAAGGAGGUGUGUAUCUACCACCUGGUGCUGGGUUAGGACCAGGAGGCGGUGGAACAGGAACUGGAUUCUUUCCAGGGGCUGCUGGAGGGUUCCCUGCGGGCUAUAAACCAGCUAAAGCUGCAGGAGGUUAUGCAGGAGGAGGUGGAGGCCGAGGCCUAUUCGUGCCAGGGGCAGGUGGCCAGGUCAUUGCAGGAUUGCCAGCAGGACAAGGUGGAAAGGCCCCUAAACCAGGAUAUGGAAAUCUAGGAGGUGGCGGCCUGGGGCCUGGAGGCUAUGGAGGAGGUGGCUACGGGGGCUACUAUCCGGGAGCUGGAUCAAAGGCUGCUAAAAGCGGGGUUGGAGGAGGAGGAGGUCCUGGAGUCACUGGAACUGGACCUGGACUGCCUGGUGGAGCACCUGUUAUUCCUCAGACCGGCCUUCCUGGAGGUGGUGGCGCAGGAAAAAAAGCUGCCAAAGUGCCAGGUGUGGGUGUACCUGGCCUUUAUCAAGGCGGACUGGUGCCUGGACAAGGGUUUGGUGGACGUGGAGUUCUGCCUGGAGUGCCCACUGGGUCUCAACUCAAUCCCAAAUCAAUUGCAGGAGGAGUAGGAGGAGGACAGCAAGGUGUCCGUGGGUAUGGGGGACCAAUGCAGCCAGGAGUGUUCCAUGGAUACCCCCUCAAAUCACCCAAAGUGCAAGGUGCCUAUGGAGCAAAAACUGCAGGUGGAAAACUUACGUAUGGUUAUGGCGGCUUUAAUGUUGCACCUGGACUGCCAGGAGUGCAAGGUGGCCCUGGGUCAAAGCCAGGAUAUCCUGUUGGAACUGGAGUGGGACUUGGGGUCAUUUCACCUGGUCAGGGUGGUACUGGAGGCUUUGGAGCUGGUGGUGGUGGCUUUGGUGGCACUGGUGGGCUGUAUCCAGGCCAGGUGUCAGGAGGGUAUGGAGCUGCUAAGGCUGCCAAAUAUGGAGUUCCAGGAGGUGUACCUGGGGGAGUACCAGGAGGUGUACCUGGGGGAGUACCAGGAGGUGCACCGAUUGGAAGAAUUCCAGCGGUUGGUGGAUAUUCACCAGCAGCAAAAGCUGCUAAAUAUGGUAUGCUUUGUGGCACAGGAGUACAAAUAGGCACAGGAGGACAACUAGGAACAGGGCAACUAGGCACAGGGGGAGGAUAUUAUCCUGCAAGCAAAGCUGCCAAAUACGGGGGACAACUUGGAACGGGACAACUUGGAACAGGGCAACUAGGAACAGGAGGAGGAUAUAAUCCUGCAAGCAAAGCUGCUAAAUACGGAGGGCAACUUGGAACAGGAGGGCAACUAGGAACAGGCCAACUAGGAACAGGCCAACUAGGAACAGGACAACUAGGAACAGGACAACUAGGAACAGGAGGGCAACUUGGAACAGGAGGGCAACUUGGAACAGGAGGGCAACUUGGAACAGGAGGAGCAUAUUAUGCUGCAAGCAAAGCUGCCAAAUACGGUCAAGGUGGUGGAGGGUUUAUUCCAGGUGUUCGUGGAGGUGGUGGAGGAGGAGGAGGAGGAGGAUUUUUACCAGGAUAUGGAUCUUUGGCAGCCAAACCUCCUAAAUAUGGAGUGCCAGGAGCAGGCCUAGGAGGAGGGGUUGUCCCAGGAGGAGGAGGGGUUUUCCCAGGGGGAACAGGACAGGUAGUCCCUGGUGGUGGAUUGGGUGGUUUUGGAGGUGGUGCUGGAGUCAAACCACCAAAGUAUGGAGUUCCUGGAGGAGCCGGAACAGGGCUAGGACCUGGAGGAGUUCCUAUUGGAGGAUCAGGAGUUGCAGGUGGACCGUACUCCCCCGCCGCAAAAGCUGCUAAAUACGGAGUUGGAACUGGAGGUCUACCUGGAGGAUUUCCAGUUGGAGCAAAAGCACCAAAAUACGUAGUUCCAGGAGUGACUCCAUACACACCUGUCAGUUUUCCAAAUGGCUCUGUUGUACCUGGUCAAUUAGUUCCUGGAAAACCAGCAAAGGAUGUCAGUGGAACUCCUCAGCCAGGUGUUUCUGGUGGAAUUGUUCAGCCUAGUGCUGGCACAGGUGUUGUUGGAACAGGAGUUGACGCUCCCACUGGUGUUGACACUUCACGCCAAGUUCAACCUGGUCCUGGUGUUGGAACAGUUGGAAAAGCACCCAAACCAUUUAUACCAGGUACUGGCUAUCCUUAUGGAGCACCUUAUGGAGUACCUUUAGGCACUGGACCCGGAACUGGACCCGGAACUGGGCCUGGAACUGGAACACUGCCUGGAGCAAAGCCUCUGAAACCUCCAGCUGUGGGUGGUGUUGGAGAGAGACCAGGAAUCCCACUGGCUGCAGGAGGUUAUCAAGGUGGAGUUGCGUAUCCUGGAGCUGCAGCUAAAGCGCCGAAACCAGGCUACGGCAAUAUUGGAGGUGGUGGCGGAUACCAACAAGGUGUAGUUCCUGGUUACAGAGGAGGAUACCCCCAGCAGUACUACCAAGGAUAUGUGCCAGCCCCGCUGACUCCUCAACAAGCCAAAGCAGCAAAGUACGGUGCUCUGCAGGGCUUCCUUGGUGGCGCAGGUGGAGGAGGAGGCGGAGGAUUCUAUAGAGGUGGCGUUGCAGGAUGCCAGGGCAAAUACUGUGGGAGGAGGAAGUAGAGGAUCUCUCGAGAUCCAGUGACCUCAAGAAACCAUGGUGCUACUGCAUGAUCGAGAAUGUACAUUUUAUGUGCAAAGCCCCAUUAGACAACCUGUAAAGAUGUUUGUUUUUACUUACUUGACUUCAGUGUCUGUUUUUACACAAACCCACCGACCCAGAAUUUUGUACAUGUGACGUAUGUUAUUGACAGUGCCUUUUAAUCAUUAACGUGUUCAAGUUAACCAAGUUAAUUCUGUACCGCACCGGCCCACCAUGUGUCGCUGCGUCCGUGCACACAUGCCUGCACGUGUGUGUAUCGUUUGUUUGAAACUCUGUCUGUACCAUCGGCUGUCAAUGUCACCCACAAGUGAUUUCCCUUUCUGCUUUAAUCCUAAACUAAAUCAAGGUGAUCCGUCUCACUGGGCAGCACAGGGCUCGUCUGCUCCUCUCCGACCUGUCACAGGGGUGGGGUUGGUCAUAGCAAGGCCGAAAUCUGAUGAUAUUCAUCCAAUGUCAGUGCGGUUCCUGGCUCCCCAUUUUCUCUGCUGCCAUUUUUAGGCCUGCUGGGUAUAAAGCGGUGGUAACUGGGGCUCCAGCCAACCCAUCUGCUCUCACCAACUUUUCUGAUUCUUGUUGCUGUGCAUGCAGUUCAGUGUUCUCAGCUUUUUUGUGUUAAAUGUUGCCAAACACUUUCUGCUGAAGACAGUCAAAAAGCAGUGGGUUUAAAUAUCAAUCAGACACUGCUUUGGUAUGUACGCGACGUGUAUGUGCGUGUGUGUUUCAUUAUGUGUCGUGUUUAAGUCUGCUUCAAAUGUUUAGUCUCAUUUACAUUUAUGUAACUGGUCAUUAUUCAAGAUUUGCGGCACCAUGAUUUGACUCAUAGCUUUUUUGUUAUCAGGAAUGUGUGAGCAUUAAAAAAAACAAUCCUUUGCUUUUGCAUUUAUUCACUGUUAUUAACUGUAAUACAGAUUAAUACUUUGUUUUAAUGGGAAUGCCGCUGUGUUUAUGUGAGGCACAAAAUCCCUGUUCUUUAUUUACUUGAGCUGCUUUAAAAAAAACAAAACCAAAGGCUUUACUGACCAAAGGUUCAUGAGCGCUGUUGCCAAGUGACCCCCAUCUCUUCCCGUAACUGUGUACUGUAUUUUGUACUAAUUUGAUGGCUUCAGUUCCUUCACUCGGUGCUGUGUAAGAACUGUCUUUGAGCCUCGCUGGGUCAGACCUUGUCUUAUGUGGCGUGGGAUACUCUUCAUCUUUAUUUAAAACUGUUUUUAUAAGGAGGAACAGUGUGGUUUUGCACUUUUUAUGUUUCCACGGCACACAUGUGACUUGUUCCCGGACAUCCCGGCAUUUUAUUUGCUUUAACAAAUAACAAAAAUAAAAUGUGUUUAAAGAA